CACUAAUUCAAUAUGAAAUCAACACCGGAGUUUACUUUUCUCUCAGUGAAGCAUUUUAUCAAACACUUAAGUUUUUUCUUCUCGCAUUCAAAUCUCUCUGUACUGUACUGUACUACUUGUAAUGGAAAUCUCUCCUUUCCCAUUUCUUAAUCAAGAAGAGAUUUCACAUUUAUGCAGUAGUCUUUUCCAGGAUAUGGAUAACAACAGCUUGACUAGCAACGACAACAUCAACGCUAAUUUAAAGAGGCGAAGAAAGGAUGGUGAAGAUGAUGAAGAUAAGCUAGGAGGAUUGAGGAAAGCCAAGAGUAAUAAUAAUUCAUUAAUGAGCGAUAUACUCACUUCUCUUAUUUUAUUGGAUGAGGAGGAAAAACAAGGACACCAACAGUGGGCUAUCGAGUCUCAACACGAUAAGGCGGCUUUCGAUUGGAAUCAUAAGCGAAAACUUGAAGCAAUGAAUGACUAUCACUCCCAUCUUCAGACCCAUUUUUCUGAUUUAGACGAAAUGGAUAGUUCAGGAACUAAACGCCAUGGCCGUUGUGCUUCGUUGACGGCUGCGGCUGUUGCCGUUGCCGUUACUGAAACUGCUCAAGCUUCAAGUGAGCAAAGUGGGUCCGGAGGAGGGUCAGGUCAGCAGCGGCGUUUAUGGGUGAAGGACAGGUCAAAAGAUUGGUGGGAGAAGUGUAGCCACCCGGAUUUUCCGGAGGAGGAGUUUCGGAAAGCGUUUCGGAUGAGCAAGGCCACGUUUGAUAUGAUUUGCGUGGAGUUGGAUUCUGUUGUGACCAAGAAAAACACAAUGUUGCGCGAUGCCAUUCCGGUUCGCCAACGCGUUGCUGUUUGUAUCUGGAGGCUUGCUACCGGUGAACCUUUGAGGCUUGUGUCAAAGCGGUUUGGAUUGGGGAUCUCUACUUGUCAUAAGCUGGUUCUUGAAGUUUGUUCCGCCAUAAGGAAUGUUUUAAUGCCUAAAUUCCUUCAAUGGCCCAAUGAGGAUAAAUUGAAGAUGAUCAAGGGAGAGUUUGAAUCAAUGUCUGGGAUACCCAAUGUUGGUGGAUCAAUGUACACCACUCAUGUGCCAAUAAUUGCUCCCAAAAUUAAUGUGGCAGCUUAUUACAACAAGAGGCAUACUGAGAGGAAUCAGAAGACAUCUUAUUCAAUGACAGUUCAGGGAGUUGUGAGCCCUAAAGGUGUGUUCACUGAUGUUUGCAUUGGUUACCCUGGUUCAAUGCCUGAUGAUAGAGUGUUAGAGGAGUCUGCUUUGUUUAAGAGGGCUAAUAGAGGGGCUUUGAAGAAUGUUUGCAUUGUUGGGAAUUCUGGGCACCCUUUAAUGGAUUGGGUUCUGGUGCCUUACACGCACCAAAACUUGACUUGGACACAGCACGCUUUCAAUGAGAAGAUUGGGGAGAUUCAAAGGGUUUCUAAAGAGGCAUUUGCUAGACUGAAAGGGAGGUGGUCAUGCUUGCAGAAGAGAACUGAAGUUAAGCUCCAGGACUUGCCAGUGGUCCUCGGGGCUUGUUGUGUGCUGCAUAACAUCUGUGAGAUGAGAAAUGAAGAGAUGGGUCCAGAGCUGAAGUUUGAUAUUUUCGAUGAUGAUAUGAUCCCUGAGAAUAGUCUUAGAUCUGCUGGUGCAAUACAGGCCAGGGAUCACAUUGCUCACAAUCUCUUGCAUCAUGGACUUGCUGGCACUUCCUUUCUUUAGCGACCUGAAUUACAUCAUGGUUUCGCAAGUGCUUUUUUUUUUUUUUUUUGUCGUAUUACGACUUUGCUUAUCUUGUUGGUCUAUUUUUUCGUUUUUUUGAUGGGUUCGUGUAAAAUAUUUAUCUGCCCGUCCUCAGUAAAUAAAUAAAUGAAUUGGUUUUAUCAUA